GAUCUCAAACUCCUGCAGCCAGACACACAGAUAAACUCCACAGAGAAAAAAAACAGCUGCCAGUUCGGUGUUUUGCCCACUGCGAUGGCAAUCUGGACAGUUUUCCUGUUUCUUGGGCUUUUGCUUGCUCCAGAAGGGGUAGCACAACUACGCCAUGCGUUCAUUACUUGUCCACCUGAAUGGUCUGCAUUUGGAAGAUGCUUCAAGUUUUUCAAAACUGAACUCAAAUGGACUGAGGCAGAGACUGAAUGCUUAAAGUACGGUGGGAAUCUUGCUUCAGUGAGAAGCCAUCGAGAAAACCUCUUUUUACAGCACCUCAUCAAACAAGCCACUGGCUCGUUCACUCGGGCCUGGCUAGGCGCCAGUGACUGUGUAACAGAAGGAACAUGGCUCUGGUCUGAUGGAUCCAAAAUGAGCUUCAAGAACUGGGGUCCCACUCAACCCAGUAACUACCUGGGAAAGGAAAACUGCCUUGAGAUAAACUAUGGAGAUACUUAUCAGUGGAACGAUGAUGCGUGUGAUGUUCGCAAGCCAUUUGUUUGUGCCUUGAUGAGAGGAAGAGGAGAAAAAGAAGAAAAAUUAAAUGAUCAUGAAUGAUCAAUGAAUGUUACAAUAAGAUUCAAUAAACGUUAAGCAAGUG